AUGUCUAAGCGCGACAUUGUCCUUACGAACGUCACUGUUGUCCAGUUGCUGCGCCAGCCAUGCCCAGUGACCAGGCCACCACCCCCACCUGAGCCAGAGCCCCAGCCUGAGCCCGAGCCAAAGCCAGAGCCAAUAGCACAGCCUAUAGAAGAUGAUCCACCACCACCUCAGAAGGUUCCGUCUCCAGAACCACCCCCUAAGAAGCCAGCCCCAGAGUUGACAGUGGGCAUCAAUGGGUUUGGACGUAUUGGUCGCCUGGUGCUGCGAGCCUGCAUGGAGAAGGGUGUUAAGGUGGUGGCGGUGAAUGAUCCAUUCAUUGACCCAGAAUAUAUGGUGUACAUGUUUAAAUAUGACUCCACUCACGGCAGAUAUAAGGGGCGAGUGGAAUGCAAGAAUGGACAGCUAGUCGUGGAUAACCAAGAGAUCAGUGUCUUCCAGUGCAAAGAACCCAAAGAAAUUCCCUGGAAGACCGUCGGGAGCCCCUUUGUGGUGGAGUCCACAGGCGUGUACCUUUCCAUAGAGGCAGCUAUGAACCACAUCACAGCAGGUGCACAGCGUGUGGUCAUCAGCGCACCCUCACCAGAUGCGCCCAUGUUCGUCAUGGGUGUGAAUGAAAAGGACUAUAACCCUGGUACCAUGAGAAUUGUCAGCAACGCAUCCUGCACCACCAACUGUCUGGCCCCCCUGGCCAAGGUCAUCCAUGAGCGAUUCGGGAUAGUGGAAGGGCUGAUGACCACAGUCCAUUCCUACACAGCCACUCAGAAAACCGUGGAUGGGCCAUCCAAAAAGGCCUGGCGAGAUGGACGGGGUGCCCAUCAGAACAUCAUCCCUGCCUCCACGGGGGCUGCCAAGGCUGUCGGCCAAGUCAUUCCAGAGCUUAAAGGAAAGCUGACAGGGAUGGCAUUCCGAGUGCCAACCCCAGAUGUAUCUGUUGUGGACCUGACCUGCCGCCUGGCUCGACCUACCACAUACUCAGACAUCAAAGAGGCCAUAAAAGCAGCAGCCAGGGGGCCCAUGGCUGGUAUCCUGGCCUAUACAGAGGAUGAGGUGGUUUCCACGGACUUCAUCACCGACCCCCAUUCCUCCAUUUUCGACGCCAAGGCGGGCAUAGCUCUCAAUGACAACUUUGUGAAGCUCAUUUCCUGGUAUGACAACGAAUACGGGUACAGUCACCGGGUGGUCGACCUCCUGCGCUACAUGUUCAGCCGAGAGAAUUGA